AUGGGCUCAUACAGCAGCCAUCAUUCAAGAAAUUCGAAACAAAACUACUACCAUGGAGCAAACAAUGGCAUGUCAAUUCUUCGCAGCAUGUCCAACACAGAAACAAAGAACAACAAGAAUAAGAAGAAAACUUCCAAGAGAAAGCUAUCCAAGGACAUGAUUCAACUACGAGUUGAUAACGCACACGUCCAAGUCGGUGAUACCAUAACUGGAUCUAUUGAAAUGACGGAGGAUGCUCCAACAACCCUGGUCAAAUUGGUCUUUGAAGCGAUCGAGUACACUGUCGUGGCGUUGACGCAAACAAGAGAUAACCACAUGGGACUAGAAUAUCUGGAAAAACAUACCUCGGAAACCAACGUCCUGACGAGCCAACAAGUCUUGGUGGACGUAGCGGAAGCACCCGACAGAAGACAAACAUUUUCGUUUGUCAUUCCCAAGGGACUCCCCGGAACCAUGCGUUGCAUAUUGGAUGGAUCCGAUCCAAUCUUACCAUCUCAAUACAAAACUUCCUACACGAUAACCGCAUUUGCGUUCAAGAAUACGUCCAAGGCACACGUCAGCCAAUCCAUUACAGUGUCCCCUCCAUCGCGGCAAGAAAUUCCAUUGGAUUCGUCCACCCUGUCCGUUUCGGUCAUUAAUCCAGUAAAAUCCAUCGCCAGCACUUUCUUUCAAUGUGGAAGUACCAGCACAGUGUAUGAUGACAACGACGACUAUGGUGUCAAUAGGGCGGUUGCCUCCAAGAAGAAGGGAACAACCGAAAUCGAGGAGCACGACGAACAAGAGGUCUUUUUGGACAAGAGCCAUCAACUAUUUUCACUAAAGUGUCAACUCCCACUACAACCACACGACAAGUAUUGCUUUGCGGUAGGACAAGUACUAUGUGUGAACGUCACAGAUUGGUUGGGUCGUCAACUGUCGGGGGUAUGGAUGAUCCAACUCAUUCAAGAAGUGACCUGGUUGGCCAAAGGCCGCAGAGCCACAUCGGUUUCCAAAUGGAAUUUGUUUGCCAACCACCACGAGUUGCCUACCAGCUUGGAGCGGUCCUUUGAUGGACAAGCCUCCAAGCUCUCCAUCCAACAUUCCCUGGUCGUAUUCUUGGCCACGGACGAAGAAGACCCGUCCAGAGAAGUCAUGGCGUGCAGUGAAGCAUUUCCAAUUGUCAUUGUCUCCAACACACGUGGAUGGGAUGCCUAG